GAUGGCCUCGGAGCUGGCCAUGAGCGCGGAGCUGCCCACGAGCCCCCUCGCCAUCGAGUACGUGAACGAUUUCGACCUGAUGAAGUUCGAGGUGAAGAAGGAGCCGGCGGAGGCGGAGCGGCUGUGCCACCGUCUGCCCGCCGGGUCCCUGUCGUCCACCCCGCUCAGCACGCCCUGCUCCUCCGUGCCUUCCUCGCCCAGCUUCUGCGCUCCCAGCCCCGGCGGGCAACCGGCCCCCGGCCCCCCGGCUACCACCGCCGCUUCCCUGGGCUCCAAACAGCAGCUGGAGGAGCUGUACUGGAUGUCGGGUUACCAGCAUCACCUCAACCCCGAAGCUCUCAACCUGACGCCGGAGGACGCGGUGGAGGCGUUGAUCGGUGCCCCUCACCAUCAUCAUCAUCACCACCAAGGGUACGAGCCCUUCCGACCUCAACCCUUCGGGGGUGAGGAGCUGCCGCCGGCCGCCCAUCACCAUCCCGGCCAUCACCAUCAUCAUCACCACCACCUACGCCUGGAGGACCGGUUCUCCGACGAUCAGCUGGUGAGUAUGUCCGUGCGGGAGCUGAACCGGCAGCUGCGGGGCUUCAGCAAGGAGGAGGUGAUCCGCCUCAAGCAGAAGAGGAGGACCUUGAAGAACCGGGGCUACGCUCAAUCCUGCCGCUACAAGCGGGUCCAGCAACGGCACAUCUUGGAGAACGAGAAAUGCCAACUGCAGAGCCAGGUGGAGCAGCUCAAGCAGGAGGUGACCCGCUUGGCCAAGGAAAGGGAUCUGUACAAAGAAAAAUAUGAGAAGUUGGCCGGCCGGGGCUUCCCGCGGGAGCCCUCCCCAUCCGCCGCCCCGAAAGCCACCGCUGACUUCUUCAUGUGAGCCGGGCUGGUGGGAUGGGGUGGGAUCCCCUUUUUGUUUUUUUUUUUUCCUCAUGCGGGGAGAGCAAACCCACCGCUUAUAUUUAAAAAGAAAAAAAAAAAAUAAUAUUAUUAAGUCCCCACUGAAAUUUUGGGGAGGGGAAGUUGAACUCUUUCCCUCCAACCACGCACCCACCCAUCGGGACUCGGGGUGGGGGGUCCCGGGGUGGGGGAGUGGGGGGCAGCCCUGCAUGCGGGACGUGUACGGCCACCCGCCCCCCUUCCCGGGAGCAUCAGCGCCAUCCAGGUGGCUUCUCCCCACCUUUUCCUGUGGGUUUUCCCCUCCAUUGGGAUUUUUAUUCUUCGAGGGAUCCCCACGAAUCGGCCGGGGGGUCCCCGGCAGCGCUGCGCCCUGCCCGGCCCCUCCGCCCACCCCCCAUUCCCGGCCGGCAAACCUGAGCCACAUUUAACUUAUUCACCUUUGUAAAUAUGUAGAAAAUUAGUUCGUUUUUGCCUUUUUUUUUCUUUUUUUUUUUUUUUUUUCCUUGAGCCUAUAUUUUGCUUGGUGAUUUACGAGAAAAAGAAAACGAACCAAAAAAAAAAAAAAAAAAAAGAAAAACCAACAAAAAAACCCUAAAAUCCUUUAGAAAAGAGAAAAAAAAUUACACGAGUCUUAAAAGUUUGUAUGUAAUAGCAUGCAAAUAAUAUCCGAGUUAAUUUAACGAUGUUGGGAAGAAGCCGAAUGCACUAUAUACAGGAAUCAAUUGGGUGAAAUAAUACUGUUUUAUAGAGAUUUAAAAUUAUCUAUGCUCUUAAAAAUAGUGGGGAGGGGCGGGAGGGGAAGAGGUAACAAUUUUAGGGUGACCUGAAAGGCAAUAUAGUAAUAUAUGGACUGCAAACGGUUGGCUGCUAUCUCACUAUGCACCAGAUUUAUUUAUUAACCCUCGGGAAACGGAAAAUCUUAUUUUAACCUCGAUGUUUGGAGAAAAAAAAAAAAAAAACAGACGGCAAGAAAAUGCACAUUAUUUGUUGUGGAAACAAGAGGGAAAAAAAAGGAUUAAGAAUUUGUGCAAUCAUUGGAGCGAAAGCGGGACCGAUCCUGCGCGGAGGAGCGGGGCGGGUUUGUUUGUUUUUUCUUUUUUAAACGGGUUGCUUAUUUAAAAAAGGAGAAAAAAAAAUUAAAAAAAACAAAUUUUGGGGGGAAACAAAAGGGUCCUGCGGACAAAGCGAGCUUGGGAGACUGGUGCAUUUUAGGGACUGAUCGUGCGAAGCGUUUUUAACGACCUGUUGUUUCGAUUUGUGACGGUUUUAAUGAUGUUGCAUCAAGAUAAAAACUUAUAUUCAACUAGAGCCUGGGUCGGGUUUUCUCUCAACUUUUGGGGUGUCCUGCAGCAGCGGGGUUUUGUUUGGGGGUUGUUUAUUCUUCCC